AUGAACACAGUGGGUUUCCCAGAGCCAUUUCCAGGUCAUACCGCCUUUAGGCUGGGCUGGGGCUCUCUCUGCGUUGCUGGAGCUGGCGCAUAUGUCGUCGCCAAGCGAAGCAUCAAUGCCGAUCGACAGGCCCGCCUUGAGGAGCAGCGGAAGAAGAAGAGCAUGAUCGAGUCGCUCGAGUAUGGCAGCGAUGUACCGUCCAAGCCUGGCUCCUCAUCCACAAUGGGAGGUAGUGUAGGCCCGCGGAACGGGGGCGAACCGAACAUGGACCCCGUAGGAUCACCGAGUAGGGAACAGUGUGAACCCGCUCCGACGAGACAUGCACCGACUACAGAGAAGGAGCGUGUUCUGGAGAAGAGCAAAUAUGAGAGCUCAACACCAUUCCGAAGCAAGAAGGGCGAUCGAUUCUCAGAUAUGUAAGGACUGGGCUCAGCCGCCGCUUUCCACCAUGGUAGCUUCUGCUUAGGAGAGAAUCAGAAGCUUAAGUGGGCAGUCCCUGAGGUUAAGAAAUGCACAGAAGGGGCACAUGCCGAUCGUGAAGUACUCGAGGAAUAUGGCUGGUCAGUGAGGGACAUGCUGAAGUCGUGGGGCAGGCAAAAAGAUGCUGGCUUGGGAGGCCAACUGAGCCAUCUGCGCAAUGAGUGCGCAUGUACAAUAAUUUUCAGGUAUGCCAGAGAGAAUGAUCAUAUGGCUUUCACCUUCUCCCCUCA